AAUUAGAGCCGAACAGAAACUGAUUUAAGCGCCACCUCAGUUGCCGCAUACUAUCACUAACGACAUGCUAUACUACAUCACCGUUCGCAUAGUACACAGUACUUAGAUAGUAGUUUAAAUUUCAAUACAUACUUUAAAAAUGAAGGUGAAAGUUUUGACAAGAAAUCCAGAUGAGUACCUAAGAGAAACAAAGCGUGAUAUUCAUAAACUACCUAGAAAUUAUGAUCCUGCAUUGCAUCCAUUUGAUGCAGCAAGAGAAUAUACUAGAGCCUUGAAUGCAGUAAAAUUGGAAAAAGUAUUUGCAAAACCCUUUAUUGAAAGUUUGGAGGGUCAUAAAGAUGGAGUGUCUUGCUUGUGUAAACAUCCUUCACAAUUGUCGAUAGUUAUUAGUGGAGCUUUUGAUGGGGAAGUUAGAGUAUGGAAUCUUACUCAAAAAAAUUGUGUACGUAAUUUUUUGGCACACGAUGGUAUAGUAAGAGGAAUUGCAUUCGGAGUAGAUGCAGAACAGUUCAUUACUGUUGCUGAUGAUAAAACUAUUAAAGUAUGGAAAUCAGAAAAGCCACAAUUUGGUGAAGAAGAAGAACCUAUAAAUACAAUUAUUAGUAAAACUAUAAUAACAGGAAUUACUCAUCAUCGUACACAACCUAUAUUUGCAACAUGUGGUGAAGUAUGUCAAUUAUGGGAAGAAAGUAGAAAUGAACCAAUCCGUACAUUUAAAUGGGGAGUUGAUAGUUUAUAUGAUGUUAAAUACAAUCCUGUUCAAUCAAACUUAUUUGCUGCCUGUGCAAGUGAUAGAAGCAUAAUUUUAUAUGAUGCUAGAGAAACUGGCCCUCUACGUAAAGUAUACAUGGGAUUAAAGUCUAAUAAAUUGUCUUGGAAUCCCAUGGAAGCAAUAACAUUUACUUGUGCUAAUGAAGAUUACAACUUGUAUACUUUUGACAUUCGAAAAUUGAAGACACCAGUAAAUGUACAUAAGGACCACGUGGAAGCAGUAGUAGAUGUGGAUUAUGCUCCAACUGGUAGAGAAUUUGUAUCCGGUAGUUAUGAUAAAUCUGUUCGUAUUUUUGAAGCCAACAAAGGUCAUUCUCGAGAAGUUUAUCAUACGAGACGUAUGCAAAGACUAACAUGUGUUGCAUGGUCUCUUGAUAAUAAAUACAUCAUGAGCGGUAGCGAUGAAAUGAAUAUUCGCGUCUGGAAAGCAAGAGCUUCAGAAAAACUUGGUGCUCUGAAACCUAGAGAAAAAGCAGCUUUACAGUAUAAUGAAGCUCUGAAAGCUAAGUUUGCUGCACAUCCUCAAGUAAAACGAAUUGCUCGGCAUAGACACGUUCCAAAACAUAUUUAUAAUGCUAAGGCCGAAUUACAUACUAUUCAUGAGAAAAGUAAACGGAAGGAGGCUAAUAGACGCGCUCAUUCCAAACCUGGAGCAGUACCUUUUGUUUCAGAAAGACAAAAACAUGUGUUCCGACAAGAUAUGUAAUAUGGAGUUGUUAAUUAUGAUAAUAAUUUUAUACGAACUGAAUAAAAAAACAUAAUAAAUGUUGAGACAUUGAA